CGAAACCGGCCCAAACACGCACUAUUUGCGCGAAAGAAGAAGCUACACUCGCUCUCGGGUAAGGAGGAGGAGGGCGGGCGGGCGAGAGAGAGAUGGGGGGCACCGAGAUCUUGGUCCAAGGGCUGCUCCUCCUCUUCGCUCUGGGCAUCUUCUUGGGCCUCCACGCGAUCCCCAGGCGGGCCCUCUCCGGCCUCCGCCGCCGCUCCCACUCCUCCUCCGCCGCCCGCCGCCACUUCUUUCAGGGCGGCCAGCUCCUCGCCCGCGCCCGCUCCGCCCCUUCCGGCUCCCGCGCCGCCGCCCUUGCCCGCUCCGCCGCCGACGAGGCCGACUGCGCCAUCGCCCUCGAACCCCGCGACGCCGCCCACCACAUCCUUAAAGCCCUCGCCCUCGAUCUCCAGGGCCGCCCCCUCCCCGCCCUCCGAGCCCUCGACGCCGCCCUCUCCCCGCCGGCCGCCAAGUCCCUCGCACCCCGCGAGCGCGGCGACGCUCUCGCCAAGCGCGCCGAGCUCCACCUCGCGGUCAACCGCCGCCGCCGCCUCGACCAAGCCCUCGCCGAUCUCCUUGAGGCCGUCCGCCUCAGCCCCGACAACGCUAGGGCCUUCUCGCUCCUGGGCGAGUGUUACGAGCACAAGGGGGCGGAGGAGGAGGCCAGGACGGCCUACCAGAACGCGAUUCGGAUCGAUGCGUCGCUGGCCUCGGCUCGUCAGGGCCUCCGACGGUUAUCGGAAUCUAAAAAGACGGAGUCUUGAUUCUUGAGUCGAUCAAGAGUCGCUAGGUAUUUAUUGACAUGCUUUUACCUAUGAGUGUUCAUCAAACGUCAUUAAGAAGCAAAAAGAAGCAGCAGCUCUGAAAACACUCAAGAUAAACAUCGGGCAUGAAUCUAACAAAAAUCGGAUGAGCCUGUCUACAGGAUGUUCCGGUCUGUAAAGCUACUGCUGAUAGGUCAAAACAGGUCAAUUUCUAGCAAGUUCUGCCCCCGACACCAUCAGGAGCUGGCUCUAAAACCUUCUGCAGAGUUUAAACAUAAGUUUGUAUGCGUUGCUUUUAUAUGACCUUGAUAUUGAGGAAUGAGGAUGAUAAUGAUUGCCUGAAGUGACAUAACAGGAGUUCAGUAUCUCAUCAUUGGGCGAAGAAAAUACCUGCAAAAAUUUACUGCACAUGAUCCAGAGUGGAUGUAUAUCUUGAUGACGUGAGGCAAGUAAUAGUGUCUGGGCUGGCAUUGCCGGUUAAAUUGUCUUUGUAAAUUGUCGUGCUGUGGCCUCUCUUUUUGAAUUUAGCCCUUUUAUCUUCUAUUGAUCGAUUUUAGUUCUUCAUUCACCAGGAAAUAAGAUCCCUCUUGUAAUCUGCCUUUGGGAAGAUUUCAGGGAUAACAUAGAAAAUAUGAGAAAAC